AUGGGAUGUAUUCAAGGCAUCCAAUUUAUCAUUACUGCUAAAAACCUUCCCGAAGAGUCGAAAUACCUCAAUCUGAGAUUGCGCAUGGAGCAACAGCGGUUAUUUGCUUGGAGUGAAACUUCAGGUUUAAUGGAUCACCAACAGGACAACGGCAGAAAAAUCCAAGAAUCCAACACUUUCAUCAUUCAUCGGACUACUAUUCUGGAUCUUCUUGUCCAGAUCCAGUGCCUUUUCAAAGAAUUUGAGAAGGCGCAGACCAAAAAUAAGCAUCUCCAGAUUGCUCCGGAGCCCGUCAACUCGGAGGAUGAACUCAUUUAUGACCCUGCAAAAGACUCAUCGAGCGCUCAUGUGCCCUUAUCAGAACCGCGGAGGAGGUUUAUCAUCAAAGCCAUGAAGGAGCUCAAGUCCAAGGCAGAAGGAGUCGCAGGAGGGCUAAGUAAUGGCCGAAGAAGACUUCUAUGGGCCGCUUUUGACAAAGCCGCUUUUGAGAAUCUGCUUCAGAGAUUUUCAACACUCAACGACAACAUGACAGACAUCCUGGACUUUCGCUUGCAGACAGAAAUCCAUCGUACUACACAAGAUACAAAUCGUGGGGUUCUUCAACUCCACAAAGAUCUUGCAAGUUUGCAUCAGCUUGUCAAGGCACUUGACAUCAAGAUGCAAGCCCGCUCCUAUCCCGUCCUCGAAAUACCUCAAUAUGCACCAACAAAUGACGCUGCUGGACUCCGUCUACUUGCCCAGCUCGCAAAAUUUAAAGCCUUUAACGAGUCCCUGGAUACGGAAGGACCGGCUCCCUGGGACGAGGCUACGGCCAUGGUGCUUCAACUUGGUCAGCCCGAUGCCGAGAAAGCCAAGACGAAGAUUGAGCGCACAAGAAUCCACUUGAACCCCAAAACAUCUGCCACAGACCUAACUGCUGUCCGCUGUGAAGCCAUCUUCGAUAAUGAUAUUGGUGAAAAGCAAAGAGUAUGGAUAGAGUGGAAAGAGUACGACUACCAAAAGCCAGGGGCUUCUUCACCACCGGCCCUCAUUGUAGACCGCGUGGAGAAGCUUGCAUCGCUGCUGCACCACAGUCCUAAGCCAGAGGCAUUUCGCGUUCCUCACUGCCUAGGGUACUUCGACAAUGGGCAGAGAGAAUCAUCAGAGCUUGAUUCCGAAGGGGAAGAAGAGUCUCUAGAUCCACGAAUUGGGUUUGUUUUCGAGAAACCAAAAGAUGAAGGUGUUGCUCCAGAGACGCCGCCUGUGUCGCUAUUCAAUUUGCUCUCAUCUUCACCAAAACCUCGGAUCACUGACCGGAUUCGUCUGGCACAUGCAGUUGCGAAUUGUCUUUUGUACUUGCAUAGCGUGAAUUGGUUGCAUAAGGGGUUGAGGUCGCAUAAUAUUGUGUUCUUUCCGACGGCUUCGAAGGAUAAGGAAAGAGGGGGCAAUAAAGUGGACUACAGCAAGCCCUACCUCUCUGGUUUCGACUUCGCGCGUCCUGCUCGUGCAGAUGAAAUGACCGAGAUACCUGGCGAUGUCCCAGAAUAUAACAUGUACCGACACCCCUCCACUCAAGGUCAAGGCUUUGGUCCUAGGGAAAGCUUUAGGAAAUCUUUCGAUAUAUACAGUCUAGGAGUAGUACUUGUAGAACUUGCGAGUUGGCAGACCAUUGAUAGAGUGCUUGGCCUAGAGGUGGGCAGGAUGCGGACUGCUAUGAAGAUCAGAGACACGCUUCUUGAAGAAAGUAGGAUACAAGAAGUAGGAAGCAAUAUGGGGGAGAUGUAUGAGAGGGCUACAAAAAAGUGUCUUGCGGGUGGCAGUGAGCUAGGAAUUCUAGAGGGGGAUGAUGAGACGAGUGAUGCUGUUGCAGCUAAGCUUUCAAUGGCUUUUUAUGAGGAUGUUGUGAAAAGGCUCGGGGAUGUUAAGGUCUAA